AUGAAUCAACCUCUAGUAAAUCAACUAAAAACAGUUAAAGUACAAACACUAUUAGAAGAACUUGUUGAACAAGUUCUUUCACAAAUAGAUGAUACGUUACAUUUUGUAGAUGUAGAGAAAGAAAAUGUGGAAAGAGAUAAUGAAGAAAAAUUAGUCAAAAGUUCUAGAAAAACUAUAGAGGAGGAAGAUGAAAAUAAAAAUGAAGAAAAGAAAAUAAAUGAUAAAGAUGAUGAAAAAACGGAAAGUGAUAAAGAAGAUGAGAAAGGUGAAGAAAGUGAUGAAGUAGAUGAUAUUGAAAGUGGAAAAGAUAUUGAAGAGGAAACUGAAAAGGAUGAUGAAGAGGAAAGAGGAUGA